CUAUCCUUGUGAAAAAAGCAAGUCAGCAAAUCUCACUACCUCAAAUGUCUGAGAAAUGUUGUCGAAAUCUGCCUCUUCCUCACUCUGCGGGAGCUGUGCGGUGUUAUGUCGCCUCAAGAUUGAAAGUUUGGAUAUUUUUAGAUAAGUUUGGACACCUUUCACUAAGCUUGUUUUGUUUAAAAAAGGAUCACUGGAAUGCUUCCGUGCAGAAAGAACUGCGAAACCCCGAAGGUAAUUUGCCUGCAGAUUCGUGCUCGUGCUUUUUUUGUAUUGCAUCACUCGUAGACCUUGACUGGCGACCAGUCUUGGUGUAUGCUGCCAGACAAGUCUGCUCGAACGCAUUGGAAACGGACGCUUGCGUUACCUGCUGCCUCCACAAGAGGCCGCCAAAUGCAAGCGGAAACAACCUGCGCCUUCGUCCGUCAACUGAAACAACAAAUAAACAAUCUGGAACUUGGUUUUCGCACGUUGACGUCACCCAGUUUGCUCUGGCGGGCGGGGUCAGGAGUUUUGAGUGACAUGGCAAAAAAAUGAAGUUGGCUUCGUCGUGUGUUGGAGCCCCCGAGUGACGACCCGCCUCUCCACGCGGCUGUUCUUGUCAAUCAUCCUAAAAAUAACCUCCUACUGUCGCCCGGCGUGAACGUCAGCGUGGAAACUCCGAGCCGCCUUCACGCAGACGAGCGAGUGGCAGGAUCAAAGUGUGGCGCGGACGUGGACAUUAAACGCUCGCGAGCGCUUGGUUGACGUAUGUGCGCGUGCGUGUGAAAGUCCACGCCACUCGAAAGAGAGGACGCACGCGGGCACGCGCCUCGCCUUCCCCUGCGUGGGACUUCCCGAGCAAAGUGUGAACGACUCGGACCUUGUUCGGUGUCCGCGAUGACGUCAGUGUGGAAGAGACUUCAGCGUGUUGGCAAAAAAGCUUCCAAGUUUCAGUUUGUUGCUUCCUACCAGGAAUUGCUGCUCGAAUGCAAAGAAAAAUGGCAGCCCGACAAGUUGCGUGUGGUUUGGACGAGGAGGAACCGGCGCAUGUGCUCCAAGUUGCACAGUUGGCAGCCUGGAAUCAAGAACCCGUACAGAGGGACGGUUCUCUGGCCCGUCCCGGAGAACGUGGACAUCUCGGUGACGCUCUUCAAGGAAGCGGGAGCUGACGCGUUCGAGGACAAAGAGUGGACCUUCGUCCUUGAGGGUGAGUGCAAAGGCCACCGUAAGGUUCUCGGGUCCGCCGCCAUCAACUUGAAGAAUUACGCCAGCGCGACGCCGACGCAGACGGACGUCAGGCUGUCGCUCAAGCCGCUGUCCGUCAAAGUGGUGGAGGCGGAGCUCAAACUGUCGCUGUCCUGCAUCUUUGUGCGUGAGGGAAAAGCCACCGACGAAGACAUGCAGAGCCUCGCCAGCCUGACUGAGCGUCAAACCCGACGUGGCCGACGUGGACGACUUCAGCGAGAGCGACGAAGACGGCGACGGCGCGGCAGUCAUCCGAGAGGACCCCGCCCCGCGCUGCCGCCCCCCCCGGCCCGUCGGCGGGACCUCCUCCCCCGCGCCCCUCCCCCUCAUCGCUCCGCCGCUGCCUGCCAUCUUCCAGGGAAAAGCUCCCGCGUCGUACGAGCGGCGCCCCCCGGCGGCGCAAAUGUCAGCCGUCGUCAGCGGCGCGUCAGGUGGGUAUCGCGGCGGCGUGCUUUCCGCCAGCUUCCGUCUUUUGGACGGUAGCCGUUUGUUUGCUUCCUCCAGGUGGCGCUCAAGUUUUCAAAGCUCAGGAGGUGAAGUCGGCGGGCCGCCCGUCGUCCCCCUCGCCCUUCGCCGCCGACGCGUAACGUUGUGC